GAUGUAUCGCGUGUUAUUCUCCUCACUUGAUGACUGCGAGUACUUCACUCCUCUCGCGUCUGAUCUCCUGCACUGUGGACGUGUUGAUAAUCUCCAUCGUGUCUCGUCUCAACGCGGAGCAGGGCGGACGCCACGCCUUUGGGGAACCACAUUGACACCUUGUCAGAUUGUCUCCAGUGUUCGUCCUCCCCACCUGACAGGAUUGCGUCCGCUCCACUCCAGAGGAACAUUUUCUUCUUGUACAUCAUUUACGCACGCUGCGCUGUCUAUUUGGAGUGUGAUCGUGCUGCUGCGUGAACGUCAAAUCAGGAGUGAUAUCUGGAAGUCCCCAUCGUAUUUACAUCGGAUAGCAACACGUCGGAUCAAGAAUGGGGCUUGCAGUGUAGUGGUGGCUGACUGAUGUAACAGCUUGGCAAAGCAAGCCGAAGAAGAUUUGUUAUCUGUCUUUGGCAGCUUCCUGCAAGGUGCACAAGUGCGAGGCGAGCUCAGUCACAAACAGGUGCAGACAUUGAUGACUGGUGUACAUGUGUGGAGUGUCUGCCUGAGCAAACAGACUUUGAGAUAUAGUUGCUGCAGGAGGGCUAUGACGCAAUGACCAAUCACAAGCAGGCAGGCUGGAAUGCCCCAGACUGUGUGCUCAGGCACAAUGUUCACCACUCCUAGUGGCUUCAGCCCCCAUCUGGCCUGUGCUGAGCCUGAGGAGGAGGCUGCACAGGAGGGCCAGGGGCCAGCAGCUUGCCUGGCUGAUGGGCCCCCCAUCAGCUCUGCCUCACUGGAAACCCUCAUCCAGAAUCUCGUGCCUACUGCUGACUACUACCCUGAGAAAGCGUAUGUGUUUACGUUCCUGCUGAGCGCCCGUCUGUUCAUCCCUCCUGCGGAGCUGCUGGCGCGCGUGUGUGAGCUGUGCAUCAAGCAGCAGCAGCUGGACCAGAGCCCACUUGAUACGGCCAAAGUGCGUAGGUUUGGCCCAAAGAUCCUGCAGCUGCUCACAGAGUGGACGGAGACGUUCCCCUCUGAUUUUAAGGAGGAGAAGAUGGUUGGACUCCUUAAAGACAUCAUUCACAGGAUCGCUCCCUGCGAUGAGGCUUACUGGAAAACCUUAAACCAGGUACUGCAGAAGCUAAGCCAAAGGCUGGCCUUGAUGAGUCAGGGGGAGGAGAGCAUCAUCAAGGUCUCCCUCAAUGCCUCCUACAUCUCCGACAAGCUCGUGGCCUUCAAGACCAAGCCCCCGCCCAUCCAGAAGGACAUGCUUUCCAUCUGCAAUGAUCCUUACACCCUGGCACAGCAGCUCACCCACGUGGAACUGGAACAUUUGAGUCAUAUUGGACCGGAGGAGUUUGUUCAAGCUUUCGUUCAGAAAGACCCUCUGGAUGGAACCCGGCAACAAUCAUGUUUCAGUGACCAGAAGAAAACCUCCAACCUUGAGGCAUAUGUCAGGUGGUUCAACAGGCUGUGUUAUCUGGUUGCAACUGAGAUCUGCAUGCCUGCAAAAAAGAAGCAGAGGGCCCUGGUGAUAGAGUUUUUUAUCGACGUGGCCAGAGAGUGUUUCAACAUCGGAAACUUCAACUCGCUCAUGGCCAUCAUCUCCGGUAUGAACAUGAGUCCUGUGUCAAGACUGAAGAAGACCUGGGGCAAGGCCAAGACUGCUAAAUUCUUUAUUUUGGAGCAUCAAAUGGAUCCUACAGGCAACUUUUACAACUACAGGACCGCGCUGAGGGGUGCCGCCCAUCGCUCUCUGACGGCUAGCAGUAACAGAGAAAAGAUUGUGAUCCCCUUCUUCAGUCUUCUCAUUAAAGAUAUUUACUUUCUGAAUGAAGGAUGCGCCAAUCGACUUCCCAACGGCCAUGUUAAUUUUGAGAAAUUUGUGGAGCUGGGCAGGCAAGUUGGGGAAUUCAUGAUCUGGAAGCAGGUGGAGUGUCCAUUUGAGAAGGAUCAGGCCAUUCUACAUUACCUCCACACUGCCCCCAUCUUCAGUGAGGAUGGACUCUACCUUGCAUCCUAUGAGAGUGAGAGUCCAGAGAACCAGGUGGAAAAGGACAGGUGGAAAGCUCUCAGGUCAAACGUUCUGGGAAAGACAUGAGGCACUGAAGGCACCUGAUCCUCUCACCAGCGAGGGCACGCAUGUUCUCAUUGCACUAUAAUGAACUGAGAAGGAACCAAGCUGGUACUUAGGUGUUUCCUAUCAAGAAAAGAUUACUAAAAAAAAAAUGGAUGGUGAACAGGAUUCAUCAAGAAUAUGGUGUAAUGAAGGGAGAAAAAAAAGAUGUGAAAAUAAUGAAGCUACUGAACAAAUUAUGAUAUAAUACCAUGAUGAGGAUGUCCAUGUACUCUGUGAAGACGUGUUUGUUUACUACCACGGAGUGUGCAGUUACAGGGAAAACCACUUUAUAACAACGAAUUCCUACUGAUGUUGUUGCCGUUUUGGUAUUUGCUUUGCUCUCUUUUUCGCCCCCAUCUUAGGUCUAAAGCCACAAUAGCUAUUUUAUUUGAUGUUUUCCUUGCAUUGUAAUGUACUGUAAUGAAAUUUUCCAUGAUGUGAAGGGCGCUGGUUUGCCCAUAUCAGCUGUUGAGUUUUAUAAUGUUGGUCUACUGUAGUGAAGGAAUUGCUGUGUGUGUGCGUGUGUGUGUGCGUGUGUGCGUGCGUGUGUGCGUGCGUGCGUGCGUGUGAGUGUGCAUGGUGUCCACAUGAAGCAUCCAAUGUCAACUGAGAUUGCCUAUUAUAAGAAUGACUGGAAAUUCUUAUUUAAUUGUCUUUUUUUUUUUAAUUAUUUAUCGUAUUUUAUUUUGCAGGUGGGGGUAAUAUGUGCUGUUGCUAAAGUGUUUACUCCUAUCAGAUGUGUUGUGCCAUGAAUUUGGGAAAACUGCAGUUAGCUUAGGCAAGUGUGUACAUUCAGACCCCACUUUUCUGCUCCUCAGGAAGUCUUUUCUCUUGACUGAUGUUCAGUUGUCUUAUAUUUAUGGAGAUUUCUGUGCUGACAGAUGUAUUGUUUUUAUUGUAUUUUGUUUAAUAUGAAGUGAUAUGGCAUGUUCGAGUGGGUUAUUUCAUAGAGAAGCAUUAGGCGAGUUCACCUUGUGACCACUACCGCAAGCUGUAGUGAUGAUGCGUAGUGUUAUGCUAAUGAAGGGGAGUGUGAAGGAACAAAGGACGAUCGUGCCAUAUCAAUUUACUGGUUCAGGUCUAUCUUAUGUGUGGUGUGAUUGUUUUGUAGGUUUGUUUUUGGCCCUUUUAUCUUGCUUUUUGGAACUCUUUGUAAGGAUGUCCUAAUAGGAAAGUAAGCGGAACCAGUGUAUUUAGAAGCAUUUUAAAACCAACCUCUUCAUUAUUAUAGGCUUGAUGUCAAUAUUUUCUCCUAAUAAUUUUCCUGUAAAUCUAAUAACUCUGCUCCUCAUCCAUAAACUUUCUCUAUAACCCACAUAUCAGUUAUGACAACCACAGAUGUGGCGUCCAACCUAAGAUAGGUUUUGCUUGAUUCUGUCCUGUGAUUCUGAUGACAAUCGCCGAUACACAACAUCCACCACAUUCAUCUUAGCAAGAGUGUGUUUUAAGAAUGGGAUGCACCAGUGUUUUCCUUUAUUUGGGUCAAACUGAAACCUUCAUGAUUCCAGCAUCACUGCAAAAUGUGUGUUCCUUAAAACCUUUAAUAAAGUAAGCCAUGCUCAGUUGUUUAA